AAUCGCGUCGUGUUUGCGGAAGUGCUCUUCAUCACCCCACCAGCAACGAGUAAACAGACAUACAGGAUGUCGCUAAGUUUUAGCCUUUAAUGACAUUAACUAUUAGCUCCACGUGGGCAGUUUGUAAACAAGCAAAUCAACUGGCAACGGUGCAGAAAAAAAUAUUUAGGCAUUGUAAACAUCGCAGCGGGAGAUGAAUGCGCUACGUGAACCUAGCAUGCUAAGCUAAGUGCUAGCCUCGGCUAAGUUCAUUUGCCUCUGGGGUGAUAGGGAUCCGCCGGACAUGGCAGCGGGAGCAGGGGCUGCUUCUGGCGGCUCUCUGGAGUCCGCGUUGGAGAAGAAGUUUCAAGGCGUCACCAACACGAUGGACUCCAUUCAAGGGCUCUCAACGUGGUGCAUCGACCACAAGAAGUAUCACAGUCUGAUUGUGCGACACUGGAUGAAGUGUUUGAAGAAAUCCGACGCCUCGCACAGACUCAACCUGCUGUACCUCGCCAACGACGUCAUUCAGAACUGCAAGAGGAAAAAUGCCAUCGUUUAUCGGACGGCCUUCGCCGAGGUGCUUCCAGAAGCCUUCCUGCUGGUCAACUCUGAGAGUAACCCCAAGGUGAUUACAUCGGUGGAGAGGAUCCUGUCCAUCUGGGAGGAGAGGGGAGUGUAUUCAGGGACACUCAUUUCUGAGCUCAGAGGCGUGUUAGACAAAGAGGAGUCCCCUCCCGAGACACCCGUGGAGCAGAAAACUCCGGUUGAGGUCAAAGCGGAUCUUCGGUCCAAGAUCGUCGCUGAGUUUGUGCCCCAGGCGCUAAUCGACCAACUGUCCAAGUACAAGAAGUCUCUGCAGGAGGUUGACCUCCGAGAAAAACAGCUGGCAGCUAUGAGGGUCGACAUCUGCAGUUCUGACGCCCUGAAGAGGCUCAAAGAUAAAGCAGGGGGGAAAAAAUUCUCCAAGGACUUUGAGGAAGGAAGCGCGCAGCUGCAGGAGUUUGUGAAGUUCUUCGACAGACAGAGCAAGACGGGACCUGCGCUCCUGGAGGCCCUCAGCAACGCGGACAUCUUCUACGAGAUGCAGUACAAGGAGGUCAAGAUUGUUGCUAAUGCCUACCAGACGUUCGCCAACCGCGUGUCCCACCUGAAACGCAAGCUGGACACGCUGAAGGCCACCCUGCCGGACCUGGACGAGUCCCCCAUCCCCUCGCCCUCCGCGGACGCGCCGUCUCCGACGGGCUCCGAGUCCCCAUUCCACAACCUGGACCUGACGCACCCAGACCCGGACCUCGACGGCUCCGCCAUGGACGACGAGGCCGAGCCGCCGGCCCCGAGCCCACUGUCCUCGCCGGGAGGAUCCCCCAGUCGCUCGGAGGCCCUCGGGCAGGCCGACAACCGCAUAGUGGAGGACAUGGAGCUGUCGGAGGAUGAGAUGGAGGGCGGUGGCAUCAUAGUUGAGGAGCAGAUGGAAUCUGCCCGUCACCCCGAGGUGUCCACUCCGCUGCCUGCAAAAAGUGAGCCAUCAGUGGCAGCCGAACAGCCCGUCGCAAAGGCCGCGGCCCCCGCAGCCGCUCCUGCAGCGGCUGUCGAUAUGGGUAAAAUUGGCUCCAUCCUCAACAGUUUAAGCUCAGUCACGAAGAACACAGGACCAGUACUGGAGGAUCCUCCUAAAGCUGCUCCUGCUGCUACCUCCUCAAUGAAGACCGUACCUGCAGCACCUGUGGCUUCCCAGGAUGCAAGCUCACUGGUCAAACUCCUCUCCAAGGUGGACGUGAGUCCCGCAGAUCUCCUCAGUGCUCUGUCCAAAGUCCAGGGCCAAAGCAGCAUCGAGGGCAUCACGUCUCUUCUGAGCAGUUCAGCUGCUAAUGUUACCACAGAUUCCUCCAGCACAGACAAGAUCCUUCCCUCUUCUUCACCCCCGUCGGUGUCAGAGGUGCCCUCUCAGAGCGCGCCUCUCUCCUCGGUUCCACCUGUGCCUUUUUCAUCCAGCUCUACCGCGAGGCAGAGCUCGGCCACCCAGGCGCCCACACAGACUUCCAACGCAGCCUCCGCUCUGGUCCAGGCUCUUCACAGAGACAUGGAUUUGACAGCGGAGACGGACCCAUCUGUGUCCUCUAAGAGUCUAGAAUCUAAAAUCCACAACUUCCUGCAGGGGAACACUGCAUUUAAUGCGUUUGACCUGGGUUUCCCGAGAAACCCGGCUCUGGGAGGGGACAGUCUCAGCCCAGUCACUGGUGCAGACACCCAGGGUGGGACACCGGUGCGGGAUGAAGGGGGUGGCACCCCGACUCAAGAUGAGAUCAUGGACAAGCCAGCGGUGGUCCAGUUUGCCUCCAACAGGAAUCAGCUAUCUGCUGGUGAAACUGCGAAGAUGACGCCCGUCGCAUACCAGAAUAGCACCCAGCAGAACAAUCUACAUCUGCAAACUCACUUGCAGCCAGCUGUGUCUCAGAACGGGCAGCCGCCGUACCCUUAUGGCAAACAGGACAUGUCAGAGCGUGGGAUUACCGCGCCAGCUGCACAUUACCAUCAGAUUUCUGCACAAGCGCAAGGGCCCGUGCCUGGAGAAAGAGCCCCAGGCAGCGCCAGUAGCGCGCAGACGGCCGAGAGCUUUCAGGGUUCGAGUGAAAGGAGUUGGUUUGGGGACACUUUCCCAGGGGGGAGCUCUCAGCAGCCCGGCGGCUACCACGUACCUGCGGGGGCUAGGGAAAACCAGACAUCAGGGCAUUAUCCGUACCAGUCGGAGCCAAUUCAGAAGCCUCGAGGGAUGGCCUCCCUGCACGGGGCUCGCGGACCUUCUCCUUUCUUUACAAACGCCCUUCCUCCUGUUCCAAAGCUACCCCCUCCCCCUCCAUCUCAUGGCUUUGACGGCCACCCAUCCUCGAUCGGUAGCGCGAUGGUUCCUCCAGAGCAGCAGCAGCAGCAGCAGCAGCAGCCGUUUCCUGGGGCGGAUUCGAGGGACAGCAUUAGGGCGAGAGUGGACAGUGUCCUCAGUGGGUUAGUGGUCCACGACCAUCAGCACAAGUCCUCGUUUCAUCCAUAUGACAGUGACCAACAUCACCCACGGCACCCGCCUGAGGAUUUACACCCUCACCCGGACGACCUGCAUUACCAGGAAGACCCCGAGCGUUACCACAAUGACCCCCAUCAGCGUGACCCCGCUUACUUCCAGGAAGAGCCUUACCACCAUCCAGAUGAUUCAUACUACGGCCCGGACAGUCCUCAGCACCCCUACCCCAGAGGUCAGGGAGGCCAGGGGCGCCUCACGCCCCCACUCUCACCCUCAGAGGACGGUUACUACGGCCACGACGUACAGCAGCAGCAGCAGCAGCAGCAGCACAACGCCCCGCCUCCGCACUACGCUCCGAGGAGACCGCCACCGUACCACGAAAUGCGCCACCCCGGUCCAAGACCUCCGCUUCGGCCUCCCCACCCUUCACACUUCCCGCGCCCCAGGGGACCCCCGCGCCCGCCGUUCCUCCGCUUCCACGGCCCCGAUCCGAGGUUAAGGGGCAAGCGUCCGGGUCCAAGAGGAGGCGGUCCAAUGUUUCCCAUGAAAAGACCCUUUCUACCCCCGCGAUACUGACUGAACGCUUUUUAGCCGUUCAUGAAAGAAGCUGCUGCAGACUGUUGCUCGUCCGCACCCCGAAAAACGUUGCGGAUGUGGGGUGGACGAAGGCGCAGACAUGGCGCGGGCUUCAGAAUACAAAGUUAGACUGUUAGAAGAAUUAUCAGCGAUCAAAAGCUACCAGAAGAUGGUGGUAGACGGCGGAGGCUAGCAGAUGUUCCGAGGCUUGAGGAGGCAACACCGAGAGACAUAAAGAAGUCAGUGAGAGGGCUCCCGAGCUGAAGAGAGAAGACGGAAGAUUAAAGAAAAUAAGAGGUGGAUAUAUAUAAUUCACUACUUGUGUUAUUUGCUCCAGUAUGAAUCAUUAAAUAUGUAAUUAAGCGUCAGUUAGAAAUAGGUCGGAGUGUGUGCAUGGUAUGCGCGCGUGCAUGCAGUCAAGUGUUAAGUCAAACUUUUCCUCCAAGUUGAAUUCGAAGAUUAGUUAUUUUUGCUAAGAAGGAAACAGAAGAAGGUAGUUGUUUAGUUUUUUCAGCGAGCACUUUUGACUGCUUCUCUUAAAAUAUCAGCACGUUUUUGGUAAAGCCUCAAUUUAAAGUUCGCUUUGAGUAAGAAAAACUGACCGUGUGUUUCAGAGGUUCUGUUUCUUAUACGUAUACAGGGGGGAAAUCAUUUUCCUCCUAGUUCCAUCACCGAAUGUUUUAUUUGUGAAGCGAUUCGCUCGAUCCCCGCCGUUUGGCUCUACGUCUCGUUAAGUUCCUUGAAUGAGAGCGGCACAAGUCCAGACAAAGGCAGAGAGAAAGAGACAGAGAGAGGUGUGAGUUAUUUUUUUUUCCCAGCCUCCAACGCCGACGCAGAAGAUGUGCAUUUCUGGCCGGAAAGGAAGAUGAUCGCCUUCAGUUUUGUUCCUUUGUACUGACUAAUAAAAAUCUGAGUUUGAAAAAAA